CCUUUCAGGUUUUACAAAGCCGGAAAUGACAGGUGUCUGUAUUUACUAGGUCAGCACCAAGUAUAGAUUUCAGCUGCUUUAGAGAUAAUUUAGUUUAGUUUUCUCUCUCUCUCUCUGGAUGUGUAUGGAUGUAGUUUCUCUUCAUUUGGCGUAUAUAUAUUGUAAAGAAGACCACGAAAAUGAGCAAGAUCACCAAACUAUUCAAGACUAGCUCUGGAUCUUCCAGAAGUAAAAAAGGUCCCAGUGCCCAGGAGGCUCUUUUCAAACUCAGGGAAACUGAAGAGAUGCUAACCAAAAAGCAGGAGUACUUGGAGAAAAAGAUUGAACAGGAACUAGCCACAGCCAAGAAACAUGGUACUAAAAACAAAAGGGCCGCCUUACAAGCAUUAAAAAGAAAAAAACGUUUGGAAAAGCAGUUAACACAAAUAGAUGGAACACUUUCGACUAUUGAGUUUCAGAGAGAAGCACUGGAAAAUUCUCACACUAAUACAGAAGUGCUAAAAAACAUGGGCUAUGCUGCAAACGCAAUGAAAACUGUUCAUAAAAACAUGGAUUUAGAUAAGAUUGAUGAAUUGAUGCACGAUAUCCAUGAACAGCAGGAUGUUGCACAGGAAAUCUCAGAAGCUAUCUCUCGACCAGUUGGUUUUGGCGAAGAAUUUGAUGAGGAUGAGCUGUUAGCAGAAUUAGAAGAACUUGAGCAAGAAGAUCUCAACCAACAAAUGUCCAAUGUUACACUGCCAAGUGUGCCUUCCUCAAAACUGCCAUCCCGACCAGUAUCAACACGCAAGAAGGUGGAGGAUGAUGACGACAUGAAUAUGCUGGCAGCUUGGGCUUCUUAACCUUGGAGAGAUGCUAUAUAUAAGUAGCUGAACUGUUAUUUAAAAGGAACAGGUUUUAAUUGUCUGUUUUAUAAAGUGUUCAUUUUUAAAUGGAGCCUUAAGCAUAGUACAAGCUUUUAUGAUUAGAUUACUCCUUGAUAUGCUUACUGUUGAAGAACAAACUUAACACUUUCUUUAAAUGCACUGGUUGUGUUUAAUAGGAAAUAUCUUGGUGUGAAUUGAAUUGUGUUUAAUAUAUUUGUAAACCUCUUAUUUACAGAGAAUAAUUUGCAUCAUGUGUGUCUUUCAAAUGAAAAUAUAAUUUAUUUUUCCAUUCCAACAUACUGUCAAAAUUCUUAUCGUCUGUCCUAGUCUGGGACCAUCUCACAAUCUGUCAAUUAUUUUUUUUUUAUCCCCCUUCCCAUUUACCCCUCUCCUUUAAGUCUCUGCAUACCUUCACAAAAAAACAGUUUUCUAUUACACAGCAGGUGGUAGAAGCAAUCAGAAUUUGCCUCUGCUGUAAUGUAGGAGCAGAGAGUGAUCACAUGCGCAUGCAGUGCACCUGCUUACUAUAUGUAAAUGCAGCAACCUCUGCUGUAAUGUAAUGGCAGAGAAUGAUCAAAUGCGCAUGCAUACACAAUGCACCAGCUUACUAUAUGUAAAUGCAAGCUACCUCUGCUGUGAUGUAAUAGCAAAGAGUUAUCACCUGUGCAAGCAUAUGCAGUGCACCGGCUUACUAUAUGUAAAUGCAGCUAGUGCAGUACUUCACUGCACUAGCCACAUGUAGUAGACACCAUAAGUAGAAACACGUGAGCUCACUUUAUCCUACAUUACAGCAGGUGGUAGCUUCUGAUUGCCUGUAUCAUAUAUUCUGUAAUGGAACUAAAAAAAAACACUUCUUAAGAACUACCACCAUAUAUCACUGCUCCUGCUAACUUAAAAAAUCCUUGAAAAACUACUUUUCGAUUGCCUAACCCACUUCCUGUCCUCCAACUCAUUGCUUGACCCCCUGCAAUCUGGCUUCCGUCCCCAACACCCAACCGACACUGCCCUCACCAAGGUUACUAACGAUCUCCUUUCUGCUGAAAACAAUAGCUACUACUCUAUACUCAUCUUACUUGACCUCUCUGCUGCCUUUGACACUGUUGACCAUCCCCUCCUCCUACGGACUCUCAGCUAUCUUGGGCUCUGUGACACUGCCCUCUCCUCGAUUCACUCUUAUGUCUCUAACAGAUCAUUCUUUGUCUCUUUUGCUGGUGACUACUCCUCUCUAUUGCCCCUGUCUGUUGGAGUACCCCUAAAGCUCUGUCCUGGGUCCACUACUCUUCUCUGUUUACACUUCUUCAUUGGGUAAACUUUUUAACAGUUAAUGACUUCAACUAUUACCUCUAUGCUGAUGAUACCCAGAUCUACCUAUGCACCCCUGCACUCUCUCCUUCUUUUAAUUCCCACAUCAGCGACUGCUUAUUUGGCAUUUCCUCCUCACGUAAAAAUAAACAUGUCCAAGACCGAACUAUUUCUAAUCCCCCCCCCCUUUAAUGCUACUCCAGUUUCUAAUUUUUCUAUCACUGUUGGUGGCACCACUAUCUCCCCAUCACCCCAAGUCCGCUGCCUUGGAGUCACACUUGACUCAAAUCUGUCCUUCAUUCCCCACAUCCAAUUGCUCUCUUCAUCCUGCUGCAACCACCUACGCAAUAUCUCCAAAAUUCGUCCGUUUCUGAGCGCUGAAACUAUUAAACAGCUAAUCCACUCCCUGGUAAUUUCCUGACUUGACUACUGUAAUAACCUACUAACUGGCCUCCCUCUCUCCCCCCUUAAAUUCAUCCUAAAUGCCUCUGCCAGGCUAAUCCACCUUUCCCGACACUCUGUAUCUGCUGCACUUUUCUGUGAGUCCCUUCACUGGCUGCCCAUUCAAAGCAGAGUUAAAUUCUAAAUUCUCACCCUUACCAAUGCUGCCCCACCCUACCUGUCCUCACUCAUCAACAAAUAUACUCCAGUCCACCUCCUAAGAUUCAACAAUGACCUUGCAUCCUCUUUCCCCUAACCUGUCCUCCUUUAAACACACCCUAAAGACCUUUUUGUUCAGGGAAGCUUAUCACCUGACUCAGUAAUAAAUGCAUUUCACUUACCUAACAGUUGCCCUCAUCUAUCUCCUCACUAAUAUCAUUCUCACCUUUGCUGUCCCCACCUCCUGUUUCCCUUCCUUCUACCCAUCUAGAUUAUAGGUUCCCAUGGGAAUAGGGCCCCCAAUUCCCCCUGUAUUUGUCUGUAAAAUGUUGUCUUUUAUUGUAUUUUUUUCUGUGUUGUACUUUUAUCUGUGUACCCAUGGGCAGCGCUGUAAAAUCUGUUGGUGCUUUAUAAAUAAAGAAUAAUAAUAAAGAUAGGUGGAGGAUGAAGAAAGUAUAAUAAGUGUUAAGGUGGUUAUAAAAGUAUUGAUACAGAGUGAGUGAGGACCAAUGAUAAGAGUUUGAAAUGUUGGAAUGAAAGGGAAAAAAAAUAGAAUUUAGUGUACAUUUAUGAAUAAUUAAACUAAACAAACAUCUACCCUAUACUAUAUCAAACUGCUAGUUAUUUAGCAAUUGAUGUAGCAAUUAGCUGCAAAUACAAAGCAAAUUUCACAGGUAAUGUAUACAUUCAAUUAAUUUGUUUUUAAAUGUAAUAUCUGACAGGAUACUUUACACCAUGUGUGCACUUACAUAUUACUUGGGCUUUUCUCAGUGUCUUAUGUCAAAUGAUAUGCUCUUUUAUAAAAAGAUAACUUUACAUAUUUGUUGUACAGAUUGUUAUCAAUACUAUAUAGAGAUAUUAAGUCAAUAUAACUCAUCGUUUAAAAGAAUCUGGAAAACAUCACACAUGCAUUCUUAUCUUGACCCAAUGUGAGAUACGACAGAAAUGUAAGCUUCUGUCUUUUGCUUUAAUCUCAAACUAUCUAUUGCAUUAAAUAUGUUUUUUCUUUUUUUUUUAAGACUAAAAAUUGUAUGUCUUUUUAUUGCAUUGAAUAUAAGUUUAAAAUGUCUUUCCAUUGACCACCAUUUAAAUUUGUGUGUAUAUAUAUAUAUAUAUAUAUAUAUAUCACUGAAAGAAAAUGCUUUAGUGCGAGCAUUUUAUUAUUGCAGUAUUGCUGCUUGCGUAUUACUGUGUUUAAUCUCUACAAAGGGGAUAAAAAUAUAGUUAAAGUCAAGAAGCUGACUGAACACUUGGUGUGUGCAUGACAAGAGGCAUAUGUGUGUAGCGGCCUAUCACCAUUUAGCUCCUAGUAGUGCAUUCAAACAUCUUUGGAAUGAGAUUCCACAAAAAAAUGCUUUGUUGGCGCUCUAUGCCCAGACUAAUAUUGGAGGCAGGAAAAAAUAAAUAAAAUAUAACCUUUAUUGAGACUCUACAAGAUGGGUGAACAAAAAAGAUUAAAAUCCCAUAUCACCCCCAAGGCAGAACAUGCAGUGAUCUGAGAUGUCAUCGCAGAAAAUUCAUCAUGUCUGCAGAAAGAACAGCGCUGCUCUACAUUAGACUGUUAUCUUCAAACAAAGCUGUAAUCUGGUUGCACUGUGUAAGUGCAUCCAGAGCAAAGUGCUGUAAAUGUCAACGUGUCCCUGAAUUAAUAGCUGUCUGGCCUUUUAAUAUUAUUGUUAUAUCAGGCAACACUCAUAAUCAUUAAUGUUAUAUAUUUGAAAGUUCAACACUAUAUAUUGAAUUCAGUGCAGGAGAUGAUGGUCAUUCUUGGCGACUAAUACCUAUUAAUAAAACUAAAAUUUAGGUCUUUGGUCCUUGUAUUAUAAGGACGGUAUUAUAAAUGCAUUUGCGUAUGUGAAUACGUUCAUGAGUUAUGUACAUGCCUACAUUACAUAUGAAUACAUAUAAUGUAUGAUUAAACACUAUUGCAGAUUCCUCCGUAAUGUGUCAAAUAAUUUUAUUGGCGGUGCAUACGUGAACUCUCCAUAUACUUAAACUAGUUACAUAUGCAUGUAAAAUCAGAUUAAGAAACACCUGUUCACAAUGUUGCAUUUUGUUCUUUUGUGCCUUUGCUUGUUGUUCAUGAGUAUACUUUAUGAUUAAACAUCAUCACUUCCAAAAA